AUGGCGCAGGAGGAACGCAGACCGGCCCUCAAGGCCCUCCUGCUCUGCUGCUGCGUCACGCUGAUGUUACUCGCGACUCUCGAGGGCAGCCAAGCGGAACAAGUCAUUCUUUUGGACACGACGACGGAGAACAGCCUAAAAUGGACCAAGUUUCCCUUCGGAAAGCAAGCCAACACGCCAGGCUGGGUGGAGGAGUCGUUCACGAAUUUCGAGAAGAACAUAAAUUGGAGGAGCUACGUGGUUUGCGACGUUGCGUACAACAACGUGAACAAUUGGCUGUGGACGCCGUUCAUCGAGCGAGGCCCGGCCAACCGGAUGUACAUCGAGAUCAAGUUCACGGUCCGCGAUUGCUCCCUCUUUCCCGGCAACGCCCUCAGUUGCAAGGAGACCUUCAGCCUCCUCUAUUACGAAUUCGACGCGGCCACCAAGGAACCCCCACCCUGGGAGCCCGACAGCUACAAGCUCAUAGGUAGGAUAGCGGCUAACGAGGGCCGGUUCAACAGCAACACCGAGGUCAUCAUAAACACGGAGGUCAAGUCAAUCCCGGUGACGAAGAAGGGCGUUUACUUUGCGUUCCGCGACCAGGGCGCGUGCAUCUCGCUGCUGGCGAUCAAGGUCUACUACAUCAGUUGUCCCGAGGUGUCGGUGAACUUUGCCCAGUUCCCGGCCACGCCGACAGGUCGCGAGGUCGCCCUCAUCGAGCAAACGAUCGGCACGUGCGUGGCCAACGCAGUCGAGAUCGAUCAGCCCAAGUUCUUGUGCAAGGGAGACGGCAAGUGGUACCUGCCCUCGGGUGGCUGCCACUGCAAACCCGGCUACCAGGCGGACGUCGACAAACAGGAGUGCAAGGAGUGCCCGAUCGGCAAGUACAAGCACGAGGCCGGUGCCCACGGCUGCGAGGUCUGCCCGGCCCACAGCAUGGCCCCCGACUACGCGUUCACCGAGUGCAGGUGCGAUCCCGGCUACUACAGGUCCGCCAAGGAUCCCAAGCGCUACCCCUGCACCAAACCACCUUCGGCGCCGCAGAACCUUACGGUUAACUUUGUCGACCAGUCGACCGUAAUUCUGUCUUGGAACUCCCCGCACGUGCUGGGUGGUCGAGAGGACACGACGUACCGAGUGGUCUGCGAUGCCUGCGGUUCGGGAGUCAAGUACAUUCCUAGCACCGAGGUCUUCAACGAUACGAAGAUAACGAUCACGGGCCUGAACGCGGUGACGACUUAUCGCUUCCAAGUGUUCGCGGAGAACGGGGUCUCGCACUUGGCCGGCAAGUCGGAGUACGUCGACAUAACGGUGACCACGGAAGCGAGCGUCCCGAGCCUCGUGAGCAACGUCCGCAUCACGAGCGUCAAGAGCACCGAGCUCAGCAUCAGCUGGGACGCCCCGACCAACGACGUCGGUGGCGACAGCGAUCUCGUCGAGAGAUACGAAGCGAGGUGUUAUCCGCGAUACGAGGACGCGACGAACGCCACUGUGAUCCAAACUUCGGACCUCUCGGCGGCGUUCAAGGGUCUCAAGCCGAUGACGGAGUACGCCGUGCAGGUGCGCGCCAAAACGACCCUCGGGUGGGGCGAGUACACACCUGUUGUCUUCAAAAAGACCCAACACGCCAUGGGACUAGACUACGUCGGGGACGACGACAAUAUGCAGGUUCGCAUAAUCGCCGGGGCGAUAGUCGCGGUGGUCGUUCUACUGGUUAUCAUCAUCAUCAUGACUGUCCUCUUCUUGAGAAGCAGGGCCUCGGACGAGUGUAAUAAGAAGCAGCCGAGCGACUGUGACACACUGGAAUACCGUAAUGGAGAAGGACUAGUUGUGACCUACAUGCACUGCAAAAUGGACAGUUCGCCCAUUGUAACUACCCAUUCCAAGAACAAGAACAAGUUUUCGCUGACGACGCCGUUAUUCACGCCCGCAGUGGGUGUGGCCGCGUCGGCUGGUGGACCCGGAGGCACUGGCGGCGCCGGCGCCAGGAGUUACGUCGACCCCCACACCUACGAGGAUCCAAACCAGGCGGUCCGCGAGUUUGCUCGGGAGAUCGACGCCGGCUACAUCACUAUCGAGGCGAUAAUCGGUGGCGGAGAGUUCGGGGACGUGUGCCGGGGCAAGUUGAAGUUACCGCCGGACGGCCGCUCGGAGAUCGACGUGGCCAUAAAAACACUGAAACCGGGCUCGGCGGAGAAGGCGCGCAACGACUUCCUCACCGAGGCCUCGAUAAUGGGUCAAUUCGAGCACCCGAACGUGAUAUUCCUCCAAGGGGUCGUGACGAAGAGCAAUCCUGUGAUGAUAAUCACCGAGUUCAUGGAGAACGGUAGCCUGGAUACUUUCCUGCGCGCGAAUGACGGCAAGUUCCAGGUGCUCCAGCUGGUCGGUAUGCUGCGCGGUAUUGCGAGCGGUAUGCAGUAUCUCGCGGAGAUGAAUUACGUGCAUCGGGAUCUCGCGGCGAGGAACGUCCUCGUCAAUGCCGCACUCGUCUGCAAGAUCGCCGACUUUGGCCUCAGCCGCGAGAUUGAGAGCGCGACGGAGGGCGCCUACACGACGAGGCGAGAAUGCAAAAUCAGGGAGAGGGGUGCGCCACCCCCGCCCCCGCCCGCCACCUCGGCUACCAACGUGCAUUCGAAGAAAAGGAGCACGAACCCCCUGGCGCCGGACGCGAUCGACCUGACCCAGCUGAGCUCGGUGGGCGAGUGGUUGGCCUCGAUCAAGAUGUCGCGCUACGCCGAGAGCUUCGAGCGUGCGGGCGUCACGACGCUGGAGGCCGCAGCGCGGGUCACCGUCCAGGAAUUGACGGCCCUCGGGAUAACCCUCGUCGGCCACCAGAAGAAGAUCAUGAACAGCGUGCAGGCGCUCAGGGCCCAGAUGUCCGCCACGUCGCAGGGCUUCCUCGUCUAGCCCGCGCUGCCUCGGCGCUACGAGGAGAUCGAGCUCUUACUCACCCGCUGACUAGCGCCGAACGACCCCCAGAGGGUCUACGCGGUCAUAGAGGACUACUACUACCGCCGCGAACACUUGGACCAACAACAACAACAACAACA